CGCCGGGCCCUGGCGGCGGAGGCAAGAUGGCGGCGGUGGUACAGAAUGUGGUCAAGCUGCUGGGGGAGCAGUACUACCGCGACGCCAUGGAGCAGUGCCACAACUACAACGCGCGGCUGUGUGCCGAGCGCAGCGUCCGCCUCCCGUUCCUGGACUCCCAGACUGGAGUGGCCCAGAGCAACUGCUACAUCUGGAUGGAGAAGAGGCACCGAGGGCCUGGGUUGGCAGCCGGGCAGCUGUACUCGUACCCAGCACGGCGCUGGAGGAAGAAGCGCCGCGCGCACCCGCCCGAGGACCCGCGCCUCGCCUUCCCCUCCAUCAAACCUGACACGGAGCAGAGCCUGAAGAAGGAUGGACUCCUGGCCCAGGAUGGCAGCAGUUUGGAAGCUCUGCUCCGGACUGAGCCCCUGGAGAAGAGGAACCUUCCGGAUCCACGUCUGGAUGAUGACAGCUUGGGAGAAUUCCCAGUCACCAACAGCCGUGCACGGAAGCGGAUCCUGGAGCCGGAUGAUUUCCUGGAUGAUCUGGAUGAUGAAGACUAUGAGGAGGAUACACCAAAGCGACGAGGGAAGGGGAAGGCCAAGGGCAAAGGCGUCAGUGGGGCUCGGAAGAAGCUGGAUGCAGCAAUCUUGGAAGACCGGGAUAAGCCCUAUGCUUGCGACAAUAGUUACAAACAAAAGCAUUCCUUGAAACCUCCCGACCGAGUUUGUGGGAAGCGCUACAAGAACCGCCCGGGAUUGAGCUACCACUAUGCUCAUUCCCACCUGGCAGAGGAGGAAGGAGACGACAAGGACGAUUCCCAGCCCCCGACUCCCGUUUCCCAGCGAUCCGAGGAGCAGAAAUCCAAGAAAGGUCCGGAUGGUCUGGCCCUUCCCAACAACUACUGCGACUUCUGCUUGGGAGAUUCCAAGAUCAACAAGAAAACAGGACAACCGGAAGAGCUGGUGUCCUGCUCCGACUGUGGGCGCUCAGGACACCCGUCCUGCCUCCAGUUCACCCCAGUGAUGAUGGCGGCCGUCAAGACCUACCGCUGGCAAUGCAUCGAGUGCAAGUGCUGCAACAUCUGUGGCACCUCCGAGAAUGAUGAUCAGCUGCUGUUCUGUGAUGACUGCGACCGUGGGUACCACAUGUACUGCCUGACCCCCCCCAUGUCGGAGCCUCCCGAGGGGAGCUGGAGCUGCCACUUGUGUCUGGAUCUGCUCAAGGAGAAAGCCUCCAUCUACCAGAACCAGAACAAUUCCUGAUCCCAAUCCAUUGGGAUGUGCUUCCCGAUCCAUGCGGUUCCCUAUUGGUUUGGGGCCUUUCCUCUUCCUUUUCCCCCUUUUUUAAACCUUCCCUUUGGUUUUGGUUCCUUUUGCCUUUAUUCCUCUCAAUCCCUUGGGAAAGGGGCUUGGGAUUGAUGGGAUUUUACCCCACGAGGGUUUAGCUCCCCCCUCACAACCCAAUGGGACAUCCCAUUGGGAUCCCAUUGGGAUAUCCCAUGGGGAUCCCAUUGGAACAACCCAUGGGGAUCCCAAUGGGACAACCCAUGGGGAUCCCAUUGGAACAACCCAUGGGGAUCCCAUUGGAACAACCCAUGGGGAUCCCAAUGGGACAACCCAUGGGGAUCCCAUUGGAACAUCCCAUGGGGAUCCCAUUGGAACAACCCAUGGGGAUCCCAAUGGGACAACCCAUGGGGAUCCCAUUGGAACAACCCAUGGGGACAUCCCCCCAUCCCUAUGGAUCCCAUUGCUGCACAUGGCACAGGCUGGGCCUUUCCCAUCGCCAUUCCCGGCUUUCCAGCCCUAUCCCUGCCCCACAGCAUUCCAGACCCUUCCCAUCCCCCUUUCCAUAGGGACACAUCAGAUCCCAUGCAGGGCUGGGGGGGGGGGGAGGGGCUGUUUGUGCAGUUUGGGGCUUUUUUGGUGCAGUUUUGGGAUUUUUAUGUUUUUUCUGUUAAAUUUGGGGGUUUUUUGUUAAAUUUUGAGGGUUUUGUUAAAUUUGGGGAUUUUGGGUCAGUUUGGCUUUUUUUGGUUAAAUUUAGGGUCUUUUUACUAUUUUUGGGGGGGAUUUUGUUCAGUUUUGAGGCUUUGUUAAAUUUGGGGGGAUUUGGUUCAU